AUGAACGUGAAAUCCGCUUUUCUAAAUGGUUAUCUUAAAGAAAAAAUUUAUGUGGACCAACCAAUGAGCUACAAAAUAAAAGGACAUGAAGAAAAUAAUCAAAGUAUAAUCACUGAGUUUAAGAAUGUCAUGGCUCAAAAAUUCGAAAUGACAGAUAUCGGCCUCAUGGCCUACUAUCUUGGGAUUGAGGUAAAACAAAUGGAGGAUUGCAUCUUUAUCUCACAAGCAGAGUUUAUGAAAGAAAUUCUAAAGAAAUUCAAUAUGGAGGAUUGCAAGCUUGUAUGCACUCCCAUCAAAUGUGGAACCAAGUUGCCAAAAAAUGAUGAAGGUGAAAAAGUAGACCCAGCACUUUUUAAGAGUCUUAUUGGAAGUCUAAGAUACUUGGCGUGCAUAAGACCAAAUAUCCUUUUUGGAGUUGGGCUCGUCAGUCGCUAUAUAUAG